AUGGCUACCCGUCCGGAAAUCGUCGAUGUAUUGGUCGUUGGAGCUGGGCCCGCUGGUCUGAACGCAGCACUCACGUUUGCUCGCACUCGCAACACGGCGAUAGUCUUCGACUCCCAAGAAUUUCGCAACGAGGGAGCCACGCAUAUGCACACCGUAGCAUCGCGCGACCAUUACGACCCUAGCGAGUUCCGCAAAACAGCCAGAGAGCAGAUCGAGACUGGAUACGAGACGGUCUGGUUCCAGCAGUCUACGAUUACCCAUGUGACGAAGAAGAAGAUCGGCCAAGAGGAGUAUGAUGGCUUCGAAGUCACAGACAGUAACGGCCACACGUAUCAGGGAAGAAAGCUGAUCCUGGCAACGGGCUCACAAGACGUUCUCCCCGACUUGCCGGGGUUCAAGGAGAAUUGGCCACAGCAUAUCUACCAGUGUCUGGCCUGCGAUGGAUAUGAGCAGCGAGGCACACCGAUCGGUUUCUUGUCCUUUGACCAUCCCGGAUGUGCGCAUCUGGUGCAGAUGGCGGCACGCUUCGACCCGCGACUCACCAUAUUCGGCAAUGGACCGCUACCAAAGAGCGAGACCAUGGAAAAGUCCCUUGAAGUUGCCUUAGCCUUUGGAGCACAAGUCGACGAGCGCAAAAUCGUUCGCCUCAUCAAUAACGGCCCAUCCCAUACAGACGGCGUCACCAUCAUAUUCGAAACCGGCGAGCCAGCCACGCUCGGUUUUCUCGUUCAGAGGCCCGUCUGCGUCAACAGGGCUCAGCAUCUCAUCGAUCAGCUCGGCGUGGAGACGGUGGACCCGGCCAUGGGUGGGCAUGUCAAGAUUGUGAACCCGAUGUUCAAUUCAACGAGUGUUCGGGGCGUAUUCGCAGCGGGAGAUACGAUGGGGAUGAUGAAGCAGAUUGCCAUAGCCAUGGGUGAAGGUUCCAAAGCGGGGGCUGGCGCGGGUUUCGAAAUCAUGGGAGAAAGGGCUGAAGUUGCAGUCAAGGCGCACAGGGAGAAGGGGCAGCCAUGA